UGGGAGGAGCUGCUCUCUCAUUCUCAAGUCUUCAACAGUGCUCAAGCGCAGACUACAAAAGACGUAUUCCGUCUGAGCAGUUGUCGAACAUAAGAGUCUUGCUUUGAACUUUAAACAGAAAAUGGAUUAUGUCUAAUAUGUCUCUUUAACGCGUAUUCAAACAACCGCUCUUCUGUGUGCAGAUGAUUUUAUCUGGAAGUCUUGAAGAGCCGCGAAGACGGAGCCGCGAUGUGAUCAUUUCCAUCCAAAAAUGGUAAGAGAAGUAUUGAACAGAGCGAGCUGGAAAACGUGUCGGACAGUAAUGCAGUCUUAAUGGGUAUAAAGUCAGUCUCGAUGAAAAUCUGAAACGGAGGACGAAAGUGUUUUUCUCAUAUGGAGCGACACAGCAGUCUCGUUUCCAUGUGGCUUCAGCUCGAGUUUUGCGCGAUGGCUGUUCUCCUCACUAAAGGAGAAAUAAGAUGUUAUUGCGAUGCUCCCCACUGCGUGGCUACUGGUUACAUGUGCAAAUCGGAGCUGAACUCCUGCUUUACACGCAUCUUAGACCCUCAAAGCACCAAGUCUCCUCUCACUCAUGGGUGUUACGACACUCUCCUGAACUCAGGAAACAUUUGCCAUCCAGAGUCAACCUAUGAUACCAUCCAUGGACCUGCUACACUUCAGUGUUGCCAUGACGAUAUGUGCAAUUACAGAGGCCUGCAAGAUCUCUUGUACAGAGGAGAAGAAAGUCAUGACAGAAGAAGUCAACAUCAAACUGAAGGCAGUCGACACGUGGUAGCACGACUCCAGGAAAUCCCAUCCUCCAAGGAGGUAUGGUUCCGUGCUGCGGUCAUCACCGUACCCAUCGCUGGUGGCCUCAUCUUGGUCCUCCUCAUCAUGUUGGCCUUGCGCAUGCUCCGUAGCGAAAACCGCAAACUGCGACAGCAGCGGCGAGAGAUGCUCUCCCGCCUUCACUACAGCUUCCACAGCCAGCACCUCACCAAGGGUCACGUGGCCAAACUGGACCUAGAGUGUAUGGUGCCAGUCGGAGGCCAUGAGAACAGUUGCCUGACCUGCGACAAGGUUCGGCACUCUGACCUUAGUAGCCAGAGACUUCUAUCGUUGGUCCACUGGGGAAAGUAUAGUGGCCGAGGGAAGCUGGAGUUUGUCUGACAUCUUUGGAGUUUGUUAUCCUUCGUCGAUUUGGAAAGGACUCACUGGGAUAAGACUUUUUAUUUUAAUCCUUCUAAAGGAGGUACUGCAAACAAGAAAUAAAAAGAGAACACUUGAAAGCGCUAACCAUAUAUUUGUAACUCUAGAAGCACUUUACUUGAAUAAGAGGCUUGAGGAGAAGAGAGACUGUUUUGAAUUGUAGACCGAAAUGUUGAGCGGCUUCGUGCUGGUAUUAUUUCUUAUCACCGAAGGAUUCCAAAUAAGAUAUUUCUAUUUUGAAAUUUGCACUUUUUGUAUAAAGAGACUAUGGUUGAUUUGCUUUAUUAGUUGUGUUAGACUAGUUGGUUAAAGAUAACCUCUGGUGUGUGUAUUUGCUCUGUUCCAAAACCUAGUGAGCUUCCUACACGGGCAGCGUUUUAAGGCCCCAGCGAGAAGGCUGUUCCAAAAUUAGAAGCAUUUUAUUUCUGCCUUCUUAGAUGCCUUUUUUUAAAUUCAAGCAAUGUCAAUUUUAAAUAUACUUUAUCGAAAAGUAUCGAUAAAAAUAGCUUAGCUUAAUUUAAAUUGACCAAAUUUGACCAAAUAUAUAUAUAUAUAUUAUUAUUAUUAUUAUUAUUAUGCUAAUGAGAAUAUCACAGUGUUAGCAAUAUGCUAUCAUCAACAUCUACUGGAAUAAAUUAUUAGUUGAGUCUCCAAUGAGUUUUGAGUGAGAAGCAAUAUUUGUACUACACACAACAUUGCUGCGAAGGUCAUUCCAAAUCAUCCUCUUAUAAUCAUGCUGCCUUAAGAGCCGUUCACACGGAACAUGUUUUUUUGUGUGCGUCUACUUUCUUUUUCCAUUUUUUUUCUUGGUAAACAUGCACUAGAUGGAAAUUUUUGCAUCACUUAAUGUGCAAUUACCUUCUCCGGUGGUGCAAGCAACAUUUCCCCUCUAAGGUUGCAUUUUACUCCACUGACGGUUAGGUUUAAGGUUGGGGUUUGGAGGUACUGUUACUAAAACAUACAUUCCUCUUACUUUAUUACAUUUACGGUUAAUAACAACUCGCUUGUGGCGUCCCUCUGUGGACAUUUCACCCAUAAACUGAAGCACAGAAAGAGUUUAGCACAAGAAAUAUCCAACUACUGUUUCCAAAUUCACAGUUCGGCUGUGUCUAGCUUUUUUUGCACAAGAUUGCAUUCGGUCUGAACAGCCCUUUAUAGGCAGUAGCCAGCGAGGCAGCUCUCUAUGUUUUGGACCAGGGCUGUUGUUUGAUAUUUCAGUGUUAAUAUUCACCAGUCACCUUUGAUCUGCUUAGAUUUUGCUCACUGUACAGAUCUUUCAUUGUACAUUUUACAUGUUCAACAAGGCAUCGCUUUAGUAGUGUCAUUUUUGCUGUCAAAACUCUUGAUUCUAUAAUGCUCUUAUUCACCGAGUGUUUGGCGCCACAUUGGGUUGUACUGUGAGGCUGAGUUUCAUACGAUAUUGACAAGCUCAUUAUCCCCAGAGGGAGAAGUCUUGGCUAAUGCCUCAUUGUGUCAACACGUACACAGUUGCAACCGCUUGACUGAGACAUUGGAAUCAUUAGCAGCAUGAGGGCAUGGGAGUGUAGUGUGGUAGCUAUUACAAUCAUGUCUUCUUUUACAGUAGCACUACACUUUUGACUGACUCUCCCUGGAAACUCUUCCCCAGGCCACAGUCACUCAGUCAGCCUCAAACUCUUUCACACCGCUGCUGGAAUUCUUUGGAAAAUAAGUCAGAUGGGAAAUGAUCCUCUAUGUAAACUUAGCCUCUCACACUACUUAUUGUUAAUUCCACUGUACUGAAGGAAGGUGUGGUUGACAGUGGAGCUAGACGGUCUGUUUGUACUCCUUAAUUUUGCUGCAUUGCAAACACAAAGUGAAGUGAGUCCUAAAAUCCCCUUAAAAAUAAUCUCUAAUCAUAGCAUAGAAUGUCUCUUUAACCAUAGGCUUUAUUUUGUCAGUGUAGAUCUUAAAGCUGAAAUGUGUUUAAAUACAAUCAAAGCAUAAUAUGCAGACGACUAGAAGAAGUUUGAUUACCCUGAAAAUUGUAAACACUGGCUCUGUGGUGCUAUCAAAAAAUUGCUCUGUUUUAGUAUCUUUACCAGCCUGGCACAGCAACAUUGACUCAAGCAGUGGCUUGAGUUUGGGUUGGGACUAUCCCUUUGUCUGGAAACCUGUUUGAAAACAGUCAUUAUUUUUGCAUUUCCACUUGGUGCCAUUAGUGGCGCUAAAAUUGCUCAUUUCAGCUUUAAACACUGUUGUUUGUUUCCUCACAAAGCAGUUUUUAUACUAGGAGGUAAUACAGGAAAUGCUCUCAGAGGAAAAAACAUGUACUGUCAUUUUACAAAUAGUUCACUUUGGGAUACUGAGUCUUAACUGUCUCUUUCAUAUGCUUCCUCUCAAAUUUGUCCCCUGUACACUUUCCAAAUAAUUGCAGCCCUGCACACUAAGCCUCUGGCUCAAUGCACAAGAAGUUAACAGUUAUUGUUGGCCAUUGGAGGAGAAUGCAAGCUUUACUGCAGUGAAUUGGAUAAAAGUCAUGUUCUUCUGACAGUAAUAACAGGGAACUUCUUCCCUGGCCCACAUAUAUUUUAAAACAUAAACUCUGAAAUGGUUUAAUUUGCAUUUUUGCAGAGGUUAACAUCAGGCUAGAGAAAAAGAACCACUCUUUUCUUUCGCCUUGUAGGGCUUUUGAGGGUGCUGCUUAUUCCAGAAGAUAUUUCAAUGUGUUUGACAAACCCUGCACUGGUGCUGCAAAAUACAUCUGUGGUUAUAACAUACUGUGAAGCAUGUUUAUGGAUUGGUAAUCAUUAUUGGGUCAUAAGAGGGUCUCAUGAUUGUCCGGAUUGCAGUAUUUGGAAUUUGUCUGAAUCCAUUAAAUCAUAUUUGGAUGUAUUUAUGAACCUCUCCAUUGGAAUCACAAAUGUUUAUGAGCUGUUAACAAUAACCAUCAGCAUGUUUCAUACAUACAGUACACUCUCGUCCUCUGAAGUGCUGUUAAUAUUUGCCUGCUCAAACAUGUCAGAUAAUAUCAGUGUUUAAUGAGAGUCUUAGAAACUGGAGGGAAUCCAGUGUCCCUGCAGUCAAAUAAAACAUGUUAAAGAAGAAGAAAAAACCCUGCAAAACCCAUCAAAUUAGCUUAAUAAAAAAAUAUGACCAGGGUCAGUGUUCUAGCUCUCUCAAAAUAGGUCUGACCUAUAUGGUUUCAUCUUUUUUUUUGCAUUGUACAGCAUUAAAUGAAAAGGAGUUUCUAAGUUGUGUGUCUAAAGAGGGAAGGUGUCGCAUUUGCGGGUGUUUCAGAAAUGCCUUAUGCUUUCAACCUUUCAAGACUCCCUCAAAUCCAAGGCCGGUUCAGAACAUGAUCAGCAGAGCGAGUGUGCACUUUGAACUUGCAGUGUGAGGAAUGUGGAUUAAUGCAUGAGCGCAUAGCAAGUCUUCUCUUCAAGGGCACAUGGGACAUAUUCUCACCCAUGACAGCUGAAAUACAGACAUGUAGAAUAAGGGAGAAUGAGAACAGCCACACUGAGAUACAGGCAGGGGUGUAGAUUCUGGGGGGAUGGGGGGAGGUAACCAAUAAUCAAAACAAACAAGUACCGCACCCCCCCCCCCCCCCCCCCACACACACACACACACACAUUAUUUAAACCAUGAUUAAUGGAAACAUGCAAAUGCUUCAUGCUGCAACCCCCCCCAGUGUUCAAGCCAAAUCUACACCUUUGGAUACAGUUGUUAUGUUUAUCAGUUGAAUUGUUAAAACAUUUGAUCAAGUUAGACAUAAAAGGGUACAAUUUCCUAUGCAUUUAAGUCGCUUUGGAUACAAGCAUCUGCUAAAUUAAUAAAUGUAAAUGUAAUAGUUUUCACUUUGUAUAUUAAAAGUUACAAUUGUAUCAGCCAUUUCGGGUCUUUGAAAAAAGAUGCUAAAACUAUUUGUCCAAAGCAAAAAAUUUAAAUGAUGAAAAAGUCCAUGAAAAUUAUAUUUUACUUGUUGAUUUUAGAUCAUAAUAAGUCUUAAAUUAUCAAAUUUUUUUGCUCUUUAUUUAAAGUUAUGGUUCACCAUCAUUAUUAUCACUUAUUCACCUUCAUGUCAUUCUGAAAUUACAUUGCUUUUUUUCUUAUGCAGAAUACAAAGAUGUUUUCAUAAAUAUCCUGGUCUGUCUUUCAAUGCAACAGCAGUGGGUAGUGAUUCACUUUUAA